UUGAAGACCUCUCUAAAUAAAUAUACCAGAGCGGGUGCGCAAGUGUAGUCAAAUAACAGGCACGGAGUAAAGGCAGUUGAUCACCAGACCGGCAGCGUAGGCGUUUUUUUUCCACCCAAUGCAUCUCAGUUUUGCAACAAAAAGCAGCACUAGAAAGACAACUUGAACGCCAAUUUGAACGCGUGGACCUCUUCAGACGGACAAGAAUUUACACUAAGCGCGUCCGUUUCACUGUGUCCUUGUCGGAUCUGAAGUGCGGGAUGGAUGUGCGCCUAGCGUUCGUGCUGUGCGUGCUGGCCGGAGCGGUGAGCGCAGAGAGCGCGAGCGGUAAAUCUCGGAGCUGCGCGGCUUUCCGACAAUUCUACAGCUCCAAGGGCUUCGGCAUGAGCGGCGUUCCGCAGGCGCAGAUCUCCGGUGAGCACUUGCGAGUGUGUCCACAAGGCUACACCUGCUGUACAAGCCAGAUAGAGGAGAAUCUGUCCAACCUAAGCAGGAAAGAUUUUGAGGACCAAGUGAAAGGAUCUGGGCACUCUUUACAGGUCUCCCUCAAUAGCCAGUACAAAAGCUUUGAUGGUUAUUUCCAGGAACUGCUGAACCGUUCUGAAGCUUCUCUCCAUGACUCAUUGCAGCCCACCUUCGGUUCGCUCUUCUCCCAGAAUGCCCAGGUGUUCCAAGAUCUGUAUUCAGAUCUGCGGCACUACUACCGUGGCUACAAACUGAACCUGGAGGAGGCACUGAAUGACUUCUGGGCACGGCUGCUGGAGAGGUUGGUGCGAGAACUGAAUGGGCGCUACAGCAUGGGAGAAGAUUAUCUGGAUUGUGUGGCGAAGCAGGCAGAGACACUGCGUCCCUUUGGAGAAACAGUACGAGAGUUCAAACUCAAGGUCACACGCACCUUUGUGGCUGCCAGAUCCUUUGUGCAGGGGCUCGUUGUUGCUGGGGAGGUGGUGCGAAAAGUUUCUCAGGUUCCUCUGAGUGUGGAGUGUGUACGGGCUCUGAUGAAGCAAACAUACUGUCCUCACUGUAGAGAAAUGGCCUGGGUUAAACCGUGUGCCCCGUACUGCAGAAAUGUGAUGAAGGGCUGUCUCGCCAAUCAGGCAGACUUGGACACUGAGUGGAAAAACCUUGGAGAUGCUAUGCUGCAGGUGGCUGAAAGGCUGAGCAGACCCUACAGUGUGGAUGCAGCUAUAUUGUCUCUGCCUAAGCGCAUUGCUGAUGCCAUCCUUUACAUGCAGGACAACCUGAACACUUUCAACAGCAAGGUGUUUCAGGCAUGUGGUACACCUCCAGAGAACCCCAGCCCAGAGAAGCCAAAAAACAGAGGCAAAAACUUAGCAGAGGAUGUCAGCAGCACUUCAGCAGCAAGUGUGGAAAAACUGUUAGCAGAUGUAUCCCGCAAUAUAAGGAACAUGAUGCAAUACUGGAUUCAGUUGCCCAAUAAGCUGUGUGUGGACCGAGAGGCAAAAAGCAGCGAAGACAAGUGCUGGAAUGGAAUGGACAUAGAUAGGUAUCUCCCGGAGGUGAUGGGAGACGGACUGGCCAACCAGAUCAACAACCCUGAAGUGGAGAUUGACAUCACCAAACCAGACAUGAUUAUACGACAACAGAUCAUGCAGCUCAAAAUCAUGACGAACCGAAUGAAGAAUGCAAUCAACGGCAAUGACGUGGACUUCCAGGAUGCCAGUGAUGACAUCAGUGGGUCCGGAAGUGGAAUGUGUAAUGACCAAUGUUUCCACAACCAGCAAAUUAUGGUUCGCAGCACACACAGACCGAGAGUCUAUCCCAACCCUCCUGUGAACAAGAAUAAGGUGAAAAAUGAUGGAAGACGGAUCUUCCCAUGCUCCACCCUUUACCUGCUCUCAUUGGCUACAGUGCUGCUUAGGCGAUAAUUGUUAUUUCAGCCAAUCAGGACUCAGUAUGGGAUGGGGAUGGACUGAGGAGGGGCGGGGGCAGUUACAUUGCCAAAAAUAAUAUCAUAAGCAUAUGAAACUUGCAAACAAUAUCAAAAUGUGGAAAUGAAUGGUCCUCUUUGUCACUACACAGAGUAUUCUUUAAUUUCUGUUCUUUAUGUCUGUUUUGAAUACCUGCACUCUUACAAGUUCUCUGGUCUGAGGUAAAUAUUGUGCAUUUAAGAUUUACCAACUGAUUCUCUAGGUAUGGAUUUAACUAUAUAUUUGAAGUUAUGUGCCAUAAGAGCUGAGAAAAUAUCUAAUUUGUUCUCAUACAAAAAUUAGGAUUUUAGAUAAUUUAUUUAUUACUACCAAAUCCCUUCUAAUCCUGAAAUCCAGUGUAUUUAUAUAUCUGGUAAUCAUAAUAUCACAUCACCUGUUUAUCAAAUCAAUAAGGAGAGAAAUUUUAGACUUCCACGGUUAUAAACAUGGGCUUGCAAUAGGUUAUUUUUAGACAAUUUUUGUCACUGGUGACCAUCUGUUUUUUCACACACACUUUCUCAUGCUUUUAAUAAUCAUUGUUAUAAUUUCUUUCUAUUUUUUCUUCUACAAUUGCAGCUUUAAGGCUCAGGCUUGCAUAAAACACUACCUAAAUGUACCACAAUUAUGAAUAAAGUGCAUAAAUGUUAACACAUGCAUAAUUUUGACAACGCAAAGAGCAAUAUUUUGGCUUUGAAGUUCACACACCAGCAGAAUAAAAAAGACAAUAUUUUCAAGAAGUUUUAUCAUUUCACAGAAGCUGUACAUGAAUCUAUAUGAUAGUGUCUGUAUCUAAUCAAGAUGAGCGCUGAGUUUUUUUUUUUUUGGACAGAAGGCAUUUGUAAGGAGUUUUAAACACUGCACAAUAAUGUACUUCAGUAACAGAGCAAAGUCCAGGUUUCAUUAAUGAAGUACAUGAAAGAAUCCCCUACCAAAUUUCCCUCUGUUCUUCUCCUUUAGAAAAUGUUGACAGUGCUUCUGUGAUGCUCUCACUGCAACAUCAGUGAUCUCUAAUGAUCAUGUAAGUCUAUGAAUGGCACUCUGUAGACAGGAAUAUAAAAAUAUAAGUGGUGAGAAGGAGGUUGAGCAUUUUGGAUGGUGAAAUGUUUGUGAACAGGUAGAUAUUUUGGAAGUGUGUGUGUGUGUGUGUGUCCCCUGGUGAAUAGAUAUUCAGAUGUGUGUUUUAGGGAAGUAAACAAAUAUACAAAUAUGAAUUUAUUAUCUGGAAUGACCUGAUCAUUUGACUCUGUUCUAAACAGAUACAAAUACUGAUAUGAAUACUAGGUGCAGUUUUGUGGGGGGAGGGGUUAUUAUUAUUUUUUUUUUUUUUUGACAGAAAUAUUCACAGGACAUCAGGUCAAUACUAGAGGUGUGUGUGUCAGGACUGGGAUCCUGUAGGACACAACAAAAUAGUCACACAAGCAGAAAAUUUUUACUUUUAAACCAGAGCAAGCAAGCGGUCAGAUGUGAGGCUCGUGGGUAAGAUAAAGAGGGCAGGAACAUGCAGCACUGCACAAUGCGUGUACAACAGCCUUACUAACAGUGUUGCUGUUGUAUUAAUCUACUACAAUAGAACCCAAUUUGUGAGAAAAUAUCUCAAACAGAUAUAAACAAAAAUAAUAACUGCACAAGCAUGUUUAAACAGUCGCUCUAGUUACGACUAAUUAUGAACUCAAGUUUGAGGUUGUAUAUGUGCGUUUGUGGACAUAGAUAUUUGGAAGUGUGCGUGGAAGUUUUUGCUGCAUGGACAUGUGGACAUGAGGGUCCUUGGAGGUGUAUGUGUGUUUGUUUGUUUGUUUAUGUUGGUAGUAGAUAUUCAUGUGUGUGUGUGUGUAUAUGUGUAUGUGAUAGAGAGUAUAAAUCUGAAUGCUCACCUUUCAGUGCCUGUGACAGAACACCCCUGUUCUGGGAAUGAGUAAUAAUGGCACAGAGUGAUGACAUCACUACAGAACAUGCAGUAGAGUUGAUUGCGUUCAGAUUGCUCACUGCAGUUAAUGCAGCCUGUAGUGAUGAUGUGCUCAGAAACACUGCAUGCUGGGACAUCCCUUUUCUCCUCCACUAGUCAUCUCUAGUCCUAGCAUACACAUUCCAAAAUGAAUGAAAGUAAAAAUGAGUAAAGAAAAAAAAAAGUAAAUUUAUUUGCACAACUUUGUCACUCUGUAGCUCUCAUUUCAGUUCUCAAUUCCUUUCCUGUUAGCUUUUUUUUUUUAAAUACUGCACUUUUUGUGGCAUACAUGUUGACUCUUACGUAACACAGCAGCUGCUGCACAACUUGAUUGACGAUCUGUAGCAGAGCAUCAGUGAUAAAGCGGCUGUUCGAUUGGCUCAGAUGUUGAAAAAUGUGUAUUAACAAACCCUCAUAAAACUCGAAAGAAGCAAAGACAGGAUCUGAUAGCAUUGUGGAUAAUAGGGUCCAAUGUAUAUGAAGAACAUACUAAUUAGUUUGUUGGUUAAAGGUAGUCAUAUGCAUUACAGUAAAUUUGUGGUCAUGUUUCAGUGCUACCUUAACCCUCAUUUAAACAUGACAAUUGGACCAGUAUAUUGUACAUAUUCAGCUAAUAAACCACUAAAAUUAUCAUACAACAUCCCUUUAACUGGGACUAUCUUGAUCAUCGUGCUAUCAACAUUGUAAAGGACUGAAGGAGACAGUAGCACACACUGGGACACAUGGCAGAAUGAUGCAAUGGAUAUUGGGUACUGGAAAAUGUAUACAUUAUAGAAAAAGCAGGAUUACAUAAUUGCAUGUCAUGUAUUAAGAACAAAGUGCAAUGAAGAGUUCAGCCUAUUCUGAUCACAUGCCCAGGAAUGCCUGUUCCACCAACUUGGGCCCUAAAUAACCACUUGUAUUGUUAAAUAUGGCUGGCAUUGGUGAAAUGAAAUUUAAACAAGAAAAAAAUGUAAAUCUCUACAAGACAUUCUGUUAUAUGCUUUAUUGUUUUGUGUUUCCAUUUCUCUUUUUGUUUUCCAAUAAAUACCAAUAGAGAGUUUGUGUUCAUGGAUGCAUUGUCAAAAAAACAUUGUGGAAUUUAAUGCAAAUUUGUCAAUUUGCUGUUUUAUGUUCCUGGAAAAAAUACUUGUCAAUUAUAUACAUCAUACAAUUUUGAAAA